CAUCUUUCUAUUCAUUUUACACACGUGUACUCCAGAAAUUGUUAACACACUAGUUAUCAUUCGUUCUCCGUGCAAUCAGCUGUUCGUAUGCGACUGUAAUACUCCGUGAAUAUAUCCGAGAUUUAGAGGAUUUUUGCCUAUUUUUACCGUGUUUUAAACUUGAGAAAUAAAGAAAUAAUAUCAAAAUGAGGAAACUUGUUUGGUGCAUGUGCCUGGUGGCACUCUCUGCGUCUCUCGCAGUUAAUGCUGACGACGAUGAAGACGCCAAGAAGGAAGUUGGAACCGUCAUCGGAAUUGACCUGGGCACAACAUAUUCAUGUGUGGGUGUGUUCAAGAAUGGCCGUGUAGAGAUCAUCGCCAACGACCAAGGAAACCGAAUCACACCUUCAUACGUCGCUUUCACCGGUGAAGGCGAGCGUCUCAUCGGAGAUGCAGCCAAGAAUCAGCUGACAAGCAAUCCCGAAAAUACCGUCUUUGAUGCCAAGAGGUUGAUCGGCAGGAACUGGGAUGAUAGCUCCGUCCAACAUGAUUUAAAAUACUUCCCUUUCAAGCUUGAGAACAAGAACAGCAAGCCUCAUGUACGUGUCAAUAUUGGCUCAGACUCCAAGCUCUUCGCUGCAGAGGAGAUCAGCGCUAUGGUUCUCACCAAAAUGAAGGAAACUGCUGAGGCUUACUUGGGUAAGAAGGUUACCCAUGCUGUUGUGACUGUCCCCGCUUACUUCAACGAUGCCCAGCGCCAGGCAACCAAAGAUGCUGGUGUCAUCGCUGGUCUCAACGUUAUGAGAAUCAUCAAUGAACCUACUGCUGCUGCUAUUGCCUACGGUAUGGACAAGAAGGAAGGAGAAAAGAACAUUCUUGUUUUUGAUCUUGGUGGCGGUACUUUUGAUGUUUCUCUCCUCACCAUCGAUAAUGGAGUAUUUGAAGUUAUCUCAACCAAUGGAGAUACUCAUCUUGGCGGUGAAGACUUUGACCAGCGCGUGAUGGAGCAUUUCAUCAAGCUUUACAAGAAGAAGAAGGGUAAGGAUGUGAGGAAGGACAACAGGGCCGUCCAGAAGCUCCGUCGUGAGGUGGAGAAGGCCAAGAGGGCUCUCAGUUCCCAGCACCAGGCUCGUAUUGAGAUUGAAUCUUUCUACGAUGGUGAAGACUUCUCAGAGACUCUCACCCGUGCCAGAUUUGAAGAAUUGAACAUGGAUCUCUUCCGUUCUACCAUGAAGCCAGUCCAACGUGUUCUGGAUGAUGCCGGUCUAAAGAAGCAGGAAAUUCACGAGAUUGUACUCGUCGGUGGUUCCACCCGUAUCCCAAAGAUUCAACAGCUGGUGAAGGAGUUCUUCAACAACAAGGAACCCUCCCGUGGAAUCAACCCUGAUGAAGCUGUCGCUUAUGGUGCCGCAGUUCAAGGUGGUGUGCUGAGCGGAGAAGCAGAGACAAGUGACCUCGUUCUUCUUGAUGUUAACCCACUUACCAUGGGUAUUGAGACUGUUGGAGGUGUCAUGACCAAGCUCAUCGGCAGGAACACCGUUGUACCCACCAAGAAAUCCCAGAUCUUCUCCACAGCUGCUGACAACCAGCCAACUGUAACCAUCCAGGUCUUUGAAGGUGAGAGAGCCAUGACAAAGGACAACCAUCUUCUAGGAAAGUUUGAUUUGAACGGAAUCCCACCUGCACCCCGUGGCGUCCCCCAGAUCGAGGUCACCUUUGAGAUCGACGUCAACGGCAUCCUGAGGGUUAGCGCUGAAGACAAGGGCACCGGCAACAAAGAAAAGAUCACCAUCACAAACGAUCAGAACCGCCUGACACCGGAGGACAUUGAGAGGAUGGUGAACGAAGCCGAGAGGUUCGCCGAGGAGGACAAGAAGACGAAGGAAAAGGUGGAGGCAAGGAACGAGCUCGAGAGCUACUCCUACUCGCUAAAGAACCAGGUCAAUGACGAAGAAAAGCUUGGCGGUAAAUUAUCAGAUGACGAAAAAGACACCAUUAUGAGCGCAGUCGAUGAGCAAAUAGAAUGGCUAGAUGCAAAUCCUGAUGCAGAUACUGAGGAAUACCAAGAGCAUAAAAAAGAGCUUGAAGCUGUUGUUAAUCCUAUAGUUAGUAAAUUAUAUGACGGUGCAGGCGCUCCCCCACCCGGUGGAGACGAUGACGCCGAUGAAGAAUAUGAUGAAGAUCACGACGAGUUAUAGUGUGAGACUAAUGACUGUUGUUGCGACAGCUACUAACAUCUCAUGAACUGUUGCCAUAGUGACAUUACCAAUCUUAGUUCUAGGGGAAACCAACUCCCCCUGUUAUAUUCGGGGACGAAAGGAUUGCCGACGACAGAUGAAGAAUUCAAAGACUUUGCAAUCCUUUUGCCUCUGUCAUGAUAUCAUUGUAGAAAAUCAGAUAUUUCUAUUUCGAUAUCAUUCUCACGUGGCGUUACACUCGCUCUCUAUUUUUACCCAAAGACCAAAUCAUAUUUAAAAUUGAGAACACAUAUGCACAUUUCAUCAAUGUUUUUUGCUUCUGUAUAAAAGCGGAGUGUAAGGCCAUGUGAGAUUUUUCCUUUUCUGAGCCAUAAAAUUGUUUUUCCCCUUUAUUGUUUAAAAAUAAAGGAUGUGGAAAAGGUGAAAUAAGCCUACCACUUGAGUCGUUUGAAAUUGAAAUUAUCACCUAGUACCAUUGUGUGGUUUAACAGCAGUUUUCAAGAUUUCCAUAUUUGAUAAAUUUAUUUAUGUCCUAAAUGAGAGAUUUUAAGCACAAUUAUGCAGGCCAAUUAUAACGAAACUGCUUUAAGUGUUGUUAGACAAUACUUUUCUUUACAUUGAAACUACAAGUAGGAGGAAACUAUUGUUUCAUUGUUCAUUCUCAAACUACUCUUAAUCUUCUAUCUUAACCAAUCAGCAGGCAGUCUUGCUGAACCAUCUCGAUUCCAAUUCUCCAAUAUCCAAGUUUUCCCUUAUUUCACUUCUAUGUUCUUCAUGGUGCAUUGUGCCUAAAUUAAUUUAUUCUGCGGGAAAUCGAUGUAAAGUGGAACUUUUCAUUGAAGUGAUACAAUUAAAUGUUUGUCCACAAUGUCCAAAACAGAUGUCAUAAAUUGUAAUUUAUUGUUCUCUUCUUUUUUUUGUUCAUUUCUUUCUUGUUCAUGGUGUGGACUGUGGAGUUUCAGCCAGGCUUUAUAUUCAAUGCCAUACAACUUUGUUGUAAAGUAUAGUACAAUUUAAAAAAAAAUCUGUCUUAAGUUAUGUCAUAGAUGAGAUAUUUUUGGUUCCUUUUGUGACCAUAUUGUGUAAACACAAUGUACAUGUACUUGUGAUAUUUUUACUAGUUUUCUUGAAAAGUUUAUCGAUGUUUUUGUGUUGCACAAUAUGAAAAUUUUCUAUGUCUGGGAAUAAAUUCAUACUUGAGAAUAUGAAAUGUUA